AUGGCACCCUUUCUGACCACAUACACAAGGGAGACCGCAGGUGCGCUUUCAUACUUGCACUCCGAUGCAUCCGCUCAGAUUUUGCACAGAGACAUAAAGAGCACAAACAUAUUGUUGGAUGAAAACUACACCGCAAAGGUCGCUGAUUUUGGAGCCUCCAGGCUAGUCCCCCUCGACGGCACACAGCUGACCACGCUGGUUCAAGGCACGCUUGGGUACUUGGACCCUGAGUACCUCUGCUCGAGCCAAUUGACUGAGAAGAGCGAUGUCUAUAGCUUCGGGGUCGUGUUGGCUGAGUUGCUGACUGGACUGAGGGCCUUGUCCUUUGAGCGGGCCGUGAAUGAGAGGAACUUGUCCUUGUAUUUUGCUUCUGCAAUAAAGGGCGAGAGGCUGUUCGAAAUCAUCAACCCGAUGGUGCUGAACGAGGGGAACUCGGAAGAGAUUACGGAAGUUGCGAUGCUGGCAAACCAAUGCCUGACAGUGAAAGGCGAAGAUCGGCCAACCAUGAAGGAAGUGGCAAUGGAAUUGGAGGGACUGAUGAGGGUGAUGGACAGGCAUCCAUGGUUGAAUCGGAGUGGUGACCUUGAAGAAGCUGAGCAUUUGCUUGGUGAGAGAUCAAGCGAAUGUGAUGGCAUCCUCAGAAGCAAUGCAUCAGGAAGUGAUGAUAGCAUAAGUAACCAAGUGUCCUUCGAAAUUGAAAGUCGAAGAUGA